AUGUCCUCCGCAGCGGCCACUUCCCAAGCUAAAUUGGAAGAGCUUCUUGAAGGGAUUAGACAAGAAUUUGCUGCUUUUUCAAAGGAAGCUACUACUUCCAGAUUGCAAAACCAAAAGGAUUAUGAUUAUAAGAUUAAUUUGCAUCUUGCAGAGAUGCAACAGAUAAGAAACACUGUUUAUGAAUUAGAGUUGUCUCACCGUAAGAUGAAGGACAGUUAUGAAGAGGAAAUUAACAAGUUAAAAAUGGAAAUUACCCAAAAGGAUCAUCAAAUUGCCACAUUAACUCAACAAUUACAACAACAAUCGCCUUCUAUUAUACAAUCCCAAUUACCACCUCAACCACAACAAUUACCUCAACCACGCUUACCUUCUGCGGUUCGACCACAACCUGCUGCACAACCUAUUCUUUUACCUCAAACUCAAAUACAGCAAACAUCACAGAAUGCAACUGUUUCUGAACAAUCAGCACAGCCAUUACAACAACUUCCUCAGCAACAAGUUGUUAAUGGUGUUUCAACUCAACCAAAUGGUCCAGCUUUGGCUCCAUUAAUCAGUGCGUUGGGGUCUCAAUUGAAGUCUCCAAACGUAACCUCAACUAAUGAAAGUUCUGUAAAUGAAACUACACAACUUCCCCAGAUUCAACAUACUACUGCAGAGCAAAAACCGGUCUCUCCACCUCAAUUACAACCAUUGAGUGAAACACAAAUUUCACCAGCCGUAACCUCGUCUACAUCGAUACCACAAAAGCCUACUGCUACUAAUAUUGAACCAUCAACAGCUCAACAAGUAACUGAAGUUGCUAAAACAAUUCAAGCGGAUGAAACUUCGACCCCUGUAUCUAACACCACUACAACAGCAACAACUUCCACCACCGCUGAACCAGCAAAUGACAAUAAAACUAACUCUGUUACAACUUCAAACAAAAAGAAGUCCACUUCCAAAGAUUCCAUUAAAUCUGAGGCAAACACCACAAACACUGCUACUUCCAAUUCUGUUCAAGAUGAAAAUUCAAAAUAUUUGGUUGCACCUGAUCAAAGGGCUAGUCAAAUGAAAGCAAUUCCACCAUUCUUAUUGGAUUUGGAUUAUAACCAAGUCCCUGAAAAUUUAAAGAAAAGGGAAAAUGAUUAUUAUGUUUUAUACAAUCCAGCUUUACCACGUAAUAUUGAGAUUGAUCUACAUUCAUCUUUAGAACAUUCUUCUGUAGUUUGUUGUGUAAAAUUCUCUAACGAUGGCCAAUAUUUGGCUACUGGUUGUAAUAAGACCACUCAAGUGUAUCGUGUUUCUGAUGGUGCCCUUAUUGCUAAAUUAUCCGAUGAUAGUGCUCCAUCUGUUCAAAAUGGUAAUAACAUUGCUGGUUCCACUAAUGGCAAUGGAAAGGAUGGAAACGAUAAUAGUACCGCUUCAAGUGAUUUAUAUAUAAGAUCCGUCUGUUUCUCCCCUGAUGGUAAAUAUUUAGCCACUGGUGCUGAAGAUAGACUGAUUAGAAUCUGGGAUAUCGAAAAUAAGAAAAUAGUGAUGGUUUUGCAAGGUCAUGAUCAAGAUGUUUACUCAUUAGAUUAUUUCCCAUCAGGUGAUAAAUUGGUUUCAGGUUCUGGAGAUAGAACAGUACGGAUCUGGGAUUUGAAAACUGGUCAGUGUUCUCUAAUUUUAUCUAUUGAAGAUGGCGUGACUACUGUUGCAGUUUCACCUGGUGAUGGCAAAUUUAUUGCUGCAGGAUCUUUAGAUAGAGCUGUCCGUGUCUGGGAUUCUGAGACUGGUUUCCUUGUAGAGAGAUUAGACUCUGAAAAUGAACUAGGUACAGGCCACAAAGAUUCUGUAUAUAGUGUCGUUUUCACUAAAGAUGGUAAAAAGGUCGUGUCUGGAUCGUUAGAUAGAUCUGUUAAGUUAUGGAAUUUACAUAACAUUAAAGAAAAUGGUCAAAGAUCCAAUUCUGCAAUUUGCGAAGUAACGUAUAUUGGCCAUAAAGAUUUUGUUUUAUCUGUAACAACGACAAACAACGAUCAAUAUGUCUUGUCUGGUUCAAAGGACCGUGGUGUUUUGUUCUGGGAUACAAACAGUGGUAAUCCUUUGUUAAUGUUACAAGGUCACAGAAAUUCAGUUAUUUCUGUUGCUGUUGCUAAUGGAUCUCCAUUAGGUCCAAAUUGUCAAGUCUUUGCCACUGGUAGUGGCGAUUGUAGAGCAAGAAUUUGGAAAUUUACCAAGACUCAAGAUGAUAGAAAGAUUGAGGAAGUAAAAAAUUAG